GCAGGUGCCCCUUGGGUUGAACACUUGCUAGCUGAGAGCUGAAGUGUGGUCACCAGCCUGUGUGGAGGAGAACAGGAUGCGGGUCACCAUGAGGAGGGUGUUGCUGGUGGUGGGCUCGGUGAUCGCCCUGAUGGUGACUCUGCACCUCGGCCAGCAGGUUCUGGAGUGCCAGCAGGUCCUGAGCGAGAGGAGGCACAGGCUGAUGAGACCCGAGAACGAGGAGCUGGUCAUGAUGGACUCCAACCACGUCGAGUACCGUUACAGCAAGGAGAUGCCCCUGAUAUUCAUCGGCGGGGUCCCACGGAGCGGCACGACGCUAAUGAGGGCCAUGCUGGAUGCCCACCCCGAGGUGCGCUGCGGAGAGGAGACCCGCAUCAUCCCCCGCGUGCUGGCGAUGCGGCAGGCCUGGUCCAAGUCGGGGCGAGAGAAGAUGCGCCUGGACGAAGCGGGGGUGACGGACCAGGUUUUGGACGCCGCUAUGCAGGCCUUUAUACUGGAAGUGAUCGCCAAGCACGGCGAGCCAGCCAGGUAUUUGUGCAACAAGGACCCCUUCACGCUGAAGUCCUCUGUCUACCUGUCCAGGCUGUUCCCCAAUUCCAAAUUCCUCCUGAUGGUUCGAGACGGCCGGGCUUCGGUCCACUCCAUGAUCACGCGGAAAGUGACGAUCGCGGGCUUUGACCUGAACAGCUACCGAGACUGCCUGACCAAGUGGAACAAAGCCAUCGAGGUGAUGUACGCCCAGUGCCUGGAGCUCGGGCGGUCCCGCUGCCUGCCCGUCUACUACGAGCAGCUGGUGCUGCACCCCGAGCAGUCCAUGCACGCCAUCAUGAAGUUCCUGGACAUCUCCUGGAGCGACACGGUGCUGCACCACGAGGAGCUGAUAGGGAAGCCCGGCGGGGUGUCGCUUUCCAAGAUAGAAAGAUCAACAGACCAAGUUAUCAAGCCAGUGAACAUGGAGGCGUUAUCCAAGUGGAUCGGGCACAUCCCGGGGGAUGUGCUGCAGGACAUGGCCCGCAUCGCACCGAUGCUCGCCAGGCUCGGCUACGACCCCUACGCCAACCCACCCAACUACGGCCACCCCGACCCCUUAGUUGUCAACAACACGCACAGAGUUUUAAAGGGGGAUUAUAAAACGCCAGCCAAUUUGAAAGGUCAUCUGCAGGUGACUCAGAACACAUCAUCUUCUCACUAAGAAAAUUAAUGAUUUCCAGAGCGCUGCAAAUGGCCUUUUGUUGUCCAACAAAGAAGAGUUUGCAAUGGCACCAGUGGAAAUCGGGUUAUCCAAGCAUAUUGCUUGCUAAUUCUAUUGCCAAAAUGACUGCUGUACGAGGAAUGUAUUUGCAUUUAUUUGCAAAGGCCGAACACUUUACACGUCGAGACCCGCCGUCUGCCUUUUCCGAGCGCUCCGUGGUGAAAACAUCUGUGGAAA